AUGUCGACCCAAGCAAUUACCAACAUUGACAUUCAAGGCAAGUUGCCUAAGGUCGCCUCUGGAAAAGUGCGCGACCUGUACGCAAUUGACGAUGACACACUGUUGUUCGUCGCCAGCGACCGUAUAUCAGCAUACGACGUCAUCAUGGAGAAUGGUAUCCCAGGGAAAGGCGCUCUUCUAACUGCCAUGUCAAUCUACUGGUUCCAUUGCCUCCCCACUAAAGUUCCCGGCCUCAAAACCCAUUUCCUUUCCCAAGACCUCCCAGCCGCCAUCCAGGACCAAACUUCCCUCAAGGACCGCAGCAUGCAAGUUCGUCGUCUGCGCAUCCUGCCCAUUGAAUCUAUAGUCCGCGGCUACAUCACCGGAUCAGGCUGGUCCGAGUACACCAAGUCCGGAACCGUCAACGGAAUUAGUAUGCCCAAGGGAUUGAUUGAAGGUCAGAAGCUACCACAACCAUUGUGGACACCGAGUACCAAGGCGGAAGUAGGCGGCAAAGACGAGAAUAUCAGCCCCGAGGAAGCUAGACGUCUGAUUGGUGAUGAGAAGAUUGCGAAGCGCGUGGAGGAGCUUUCACUGGCUAUCUACAGUGCUGCUGCGGACCGCGCAGAGGAGGUCGGUAUUAUCCUCGCUGACACCAAGUUCGAGUUUGGAGUUGAUGAGAAGGGCGAAGUGGUGCUCGUUGAUGAGGUUUUGACACCGGAUAGCUCAAGGUUUUGGCCAAAGGAGUCAUGGGAGAAGAAUUUGGGAAAGGCGCAACCUAGCUAUGACAAGCAGUUCCUCAGGGACUGGCUGACAAGUAACGGGCUGAAGGGCAAGGAGGGAGUCGCAGUGCCGGCGGAAAUUGUGGAGAAGACAGCCGCGAAGUACAGGGAGGCUUGUGAGAAGCUUACAGGCAAGAGUGCGUAA